UUAACGUGUGUUUUUCUUUAAUGUUAUUGUUUUUAAAAAGUAAGGUAAAAUAUACUAUAUGAAAUUAUACUUUAUAGUCAUUUACGUUAUGUAAAUUAUAUAUUUAAAAUCAUCAUUAUGUUUUUUAAUUAUUUAACCGCAGAAAUUUACCGUUAACUAUAGUUGAAUAGACUCGGUGGGAAGUUAGUGCAGCCUAACGUUAAUUUAAAGAUACUGACAAAAGUGACAAUGAUAAAGUAAAUUUUAGCAGAAUGGAAGAAAUAUGCGUAGAAGAAAAUGUAAUCAGACAUUAGAUGCUAACUUUAACGUUAAGUGUUCUUUAAAUUUUAAUGAAUGUCACAAAUACUUGCUUUGAUAUGAGCGGUAGUAGAAAAGAUUUGUGUUUUUCUGUGUACCAUGACUGUGACAUUGAUAACAAAGAUGAAGAACAUAAUACCUUUAAUGGUAAUUCUGAAGUAUUGUUAAAUAUGCUCCAUCCCACGACUCCCAGCAGUGCAGCAGAUUUUCUAGAACUAGUAGAAGAGUAUUUUCCUGAAACUCCUACUAGUACUGGGUUAUUUCCUGAGCUUUCUGACCUAGUCAGAGUUCAAGAAAGUGAUGCCAAUGUAGUAGUAGAAGAGUAUUUUCCUGAAACUUCUACUAGUACUGAGUUAUUUCCUGAGCUUUCUGACCUAGUCAGAGUUCAAGAAAGUGAUGCCAAUGUAGUGAACUUGUCUGAACAGGAAACUUUGGUUUCUUCAGAUAUUGAGCCUAGCACUACUAUUUUUACUUUCAGUAACAUUCCUUGCAUUAAUGCUGAAAAAGGUAAUGAAAGCAAUGAUCUGGUUGGAAAUAAAUUGGUGACUAAUGAAAUUAACAAUGACAAUGAAGUUGAUGCUAGUGCAUCAAGUACUUUAGGAAUGACUGCAUCUCCAAGUCAGGGAAAAUAUUUUACCAAGAAAAUGAACAAAACUAUGAAAUGCCCUCUCAGUGGAACUGAAAAUAAAAACAGAUCUAGUGCUAGAUUUCCCCAUGAAGUGAGUUGUGUUAGAGAUGAAGCAGGUAAAGAAUCUUUGUCAAAAAUAUCAGAGUGGAGUAAUAUAAUGGAUCAUUCAGUUUCAGGUGUUAUAAAACCAGUAGUGAUAAAGAUGACAACUAAUUUUAGACCUGGUGUGCAACUAAUUGGUAAUGAUAAUAUAAAAAAAUGUGUGAGGUCUAGCACUGCAGAAGUAUUAUCUGAAGGUUGUUAUGGCCCGACUUUGAUUGGUGAAGACCUAGAAAGUUCUAAAAUAAGCAGCUCUUGCUCAUUUAAUAGAUUUAAUUUUAGUAACAAAUCUGAAAAUGUAGCAUUUAAAGUAGGAGCAAACUUGGCACAUAAAAUUAAUUUUGUGCAAAAAUGCUCUUUAGAACCAAAUUACAUAUUGAAAACACUAGGAAGUGGAUAUAAUGGUAAGUUUAUGAAUAGUGUUAAUAGUUUUGCAGAUGAUACAAGUAAGAGUGAUGAUUCUGAUAACUCGAGCUUCAAUUUUGAGAACUGUAACUUAAAUGGCCAAUCUGAGUCGAAGGUUUCUGACUUGAGUGAUUUACCUUGUUUGUCCAAGAAUGCCAUAGCAGCAAGAGAAAACCGGAAGAAAAAAAAGAAAUACAUUGAACAGUUGGAGAACUCAGUGAAAAACCUAACAAAAAAUAAUAACAAUUUAAAUCAAAAUGUUAAAGAAAUGAAAGAAGUAAUUGUUAAUUUAACUAAUGAAGUGUCAUAUCUAAGAGGUGUUAUAGCAAAUAUUGAAGAAAUUUCAACACUUAUUAAAGGUAUUAAAAAUAUACCAGGUUUAAAUUUCAACUGUUCACUGCAGAAGAAAAGAUCCUGUUGUUUGGACAAUAGUUGUGAGGAACCAAAAGCCAAACAAUCAAAGACAGAAGAAGUCAAGAAGAAGCUAGUGAAACCACCAUUACAUUAUGGUGCAACAAUAAAGAAACAUCAAGCUUGUGGAGAGGACUCAGAACAGACUUCUGGUGUGUGUUUGCAUGUCUCCAACAAAUGUGUUUCUUUGGAAUUUUGUCCAUCUUGUAACCAUUCUGCCAACAUAACAGGUUUGCUGUCCAGGCGAUGUUUAUCAAGAAAUUUAAAUCAAGAUUUAUGCUUGACGGCAUAUUGUGUAACGUCAAUGAUUAAGAUCAAGUUCUCUUCCACAACUUCCAGUGUCAGAACAUGAAGAUGCAGUCUUCAGAUGUUGGAGGAUGUGAAUGUGUAUGUUGAACAAUAGCUCAUACCAGAUGUGCUUUGCUUUAACAGAUGUGUACAUUAGAUGCCUAAUGGUUGAAUGCAGGGAAAUGCGUAGGUUGUGUUCAAGAUAGAAGUUGAUAACUUUAUUUAAUUAAAGAAAUGUUUCAACUUGCCUACAGCCCACACAAAAUUUCAAACAAAAACUGAAGCAUACAUAUUAUAGCCAUUCACUUAAAACACACAGUGCAAGUCCCAGGAAGUGCAGCAUUAAGGUGUCUAGGGUGAGCUCUGCUUUUAUGAUGUUUAGUAGUGUACAGUGAAGGUAAUUUAGGUUUUGUGAAGGUUUAGAGUAAAACAGUUUAAUGUGAUAAAAUUGUGCCUGUUUAAGUUAAUUACUGGAAUGCUCAAUCCUGUAGUUUCCUGAAAUAAAGUUGUGUGACUGUCAACUUCUUAA